AGUGGAGUGGCUGAGCUAAGAGAAACCAGAGGGAUAGGCCUUGGAAGAUGGCACCUGCCGGUUUGGUUUUUGCCUGGUUGCUGUUCACCAUGAGGAUGGUCCUCUCUGCAGUCUAUCUGGACCCUGAGGAGGAGGAGCUCAAUGAAACUGUCAUUUGUACCAACGAUCAUAUGCAGGUUGUUAUUCCCAGUGCUUUUUUCCUCAACAAAGAACCUCCAGUUUAUGUUUGGGAUUUGCAUUUAAAUGAUCCAGAGUGCCGUGGCGUUGAGGUCGGAGAUGACUAUGUUUUCAGCAUAAAGACAAAUCUCUCAGACUGUGGGACUAUAAUGGUAUGA